CCGGCGGCGCCUGGUCCUGCACUUGCCGCUGCUGCCGGGCUGUGCCGGGGCGGCGGCGCUGCGCGCCGGAGUUUGCAGAGGCUGCCUCCGAGCGCCGUCCGCCAGGAAGACUCCCUGCCUCCUGAGUCCCAGCCAAGAAAGAAGAGAGAACUCUCACCACAACAUUUCAAAGGGAAUACAUUGCCAGAACUUGGAAUACUCUUCUGGACAAACAUUUCCUCCAAGGACACAGCUCUCUGCCUCCAUGUCACCACCUUUGAAGGACUGACUGAUUCCCUCGGCUGGUGCCAGUGCCUGCUCCUGCCAUGGGGCCCGCGGGGAGCCUGCUGGGCAGCGGACAGAUGCAGAUCACCCUGUGGGGAAGUCUGGCCGCUGUCGCCAUUUUCUUCGUCAUCACCUUCCUCAUCUUCCUGUGCUCUAGUUGUGACAGGGAAAAGAAGCCGCGACAGCAUAGUGGGGACCAUGAGAACCUGAUGAACGUGCCUUCAGACAAGGAGAUGUUCAGCCGUUCAGUUACUAGCCUGGCAACAGAUGCUCCUGCCAGCAGUGAGCAGAAUGGGGCACUCACCAAUGGGGACAUUCUUUCAGAGGACAGUACUCUGACCUGCAUGCAGCAUUACGAGGAAGUCCAGACAUCGGCCUCGGAUCUGCUGGAUUCCCAGGACAGCACAGGGAAACCAAAAUGUCAUCAGAGUCGGGAGCUGCCCAGAAUCCCUCCCGAGAGCGCAGUGGAUACCAUGCUCACGGCGAGAAGUGUGGACGGGGACCAGGGGCUGGGGAUGGAAGGGCCCUAUGAAGUGCUCAAGGACAGCUCCUCCCAAGAAAACAUGGUGGAGGACUGCUUGUAUGAAACUGUGAAAGAGAUCAAGGAGGUGGCUGCAGCUGCACACCUGGAGAAAGGCCACAGUGGCAAGGCAAAAUCUACUUCUGCCUCGAAAGAGCUCCCAGGGCCCCAGACUGAAGGCAAAGCUGAGUUUGCUGAAUAUGCCUCGGUGGACAGAAACAAAAAAUGUCGUCAAAGUGUUAAUGUAGAGAGUAUCCUUGGAAAUUCAUGUGAUCCAGAAGAGGAGGCCCCACCACCUGUCCCUGUUAAGCUUCUGGACGAGAAUGAAAACCUUCAGGAGAAGGAAGGGGGAGAGGCGGAAGAGAGUGCCACAGACACGACCAGUGAAACUAACAAGAGAUUUAGCUCAUUGUCAUACAAGUCUCGGGAAGAAGACCCCACUCUCACAGAAGAAGAGAUCUCAGCUAUGUACUCAUCAGUAAAUAAACCUGGACAGUUAGUGAAUAAAUCGGGGCCGUCGCUUACAGUUCCGGAGUCCACCUACAACUCCAUUCAAGGGGACCCACAGAGGUCACCCUCCUCCUGUAAUGAUCUCUAUGCUACUGUUAAAGACUUCGAAAAAACUCCAAACAGCACACUUCCACCAGCAGGGAGGCCCGGCGAGGAGCCAGAGCCUGAUUAUGAAGCGAUACAUACUCUCAACAGAGAGGAAGAAAAGGCCACCCUGGGGACCAAUGGCCACCACGGUCUCGUCCCAAAGGAGAACGACUACGAGAGCAUUAGUGACUUGCAGCAAGGCAGAGAUAUUACCAGGCUCUAGCAACCCAGAAGACAACCCUGGGUAGCCUGUGAUCAGUGUCUGGAAGAGAAGAAGUGACACAAACCUAUACUUCAUAUGCUGCUUUAGUCACCUGAAGAUGGUUGGAGAGGCCCUGUCGACUGUUCUCCCAGUUGUUCAGUUUCUGAGACAGAGAGGUACGGACUAGGCUGCACCUGAGUGUGCCCCUGCCUGCCAGAUGGACAGGCACACCCAAGCACAUCUCCCUGCUGCACCCUCACCGCCCACAAAAGAUCCCAGCUGUCAGUGGUCUCAUCUCAUUAGUGAGGAAAGCCAAGCUGUAUGGAAAAACUGCACUCACCAAGGACCGCAAUGCCCCCGGCCUGAAGUACUGCCAUUCAGAAAAGCAGGUUUUUCUUCCUCUCUUUCCUUUUCUCUGUCUGCUAUUGACUUUAAGGCUUUUUCCCCCUUGAAAUGUCCAGAUUCCUGUGGUUCAUUCCAAGGAAAUUUUCACACAAAGCUUGGCCUUUGCCCUCAAUGUAGGUGUUUUAGGAUGGCGACAAACCAUGGCUGCUGCUUUCUGCCCAGCUCGCCAGUCCUCCCCAAAGAGUUGCGCAUCAGCACCUGGGGAUCUGGACCCUGCGGGUGAAGGGAUGGGGAGGGACGUCCCUGGAGUCUCUUCUGUCUUUGUUCCUUCUUAUUUUGGCAUUCUAUAUCAGCAGCCUCUCCCCAAAGUACUUGAAGUCAGUUUUAGAUGCUUUAUUUUAUUUUUCUAGUCAAAAACGUGUUUCCCCCAGUGUUUGAAAACUCGUCCGAAUCUUUUCAGUAUUUUCCAUGAGUAUUGUGGUACUUCUAGACUUGUUUAAGCCCAGAACUCAUUCCUUCAAAACAGAGAGCCUUAAUCUUUAUGUUGGGACACAGACCACAUAUUUGGACGGCAGCCAUGCAUCCAUCUCUGAAGGGCUGUGGACAUGAAUGUGUAUUUCCCAUGGUCUCCGCUGCCCACACCAACAGUGUGGCAUCUCAUAAGUUAACUGCUACCCUAAGGUAAUCUAAGAUUAAAAUGUAAACAUUUAUUUUUGUUAUGUAAGUUUAUAAGAUGUUUUAUGUUCAAUGCCUAAUUUCUCAAAAGUGCCAGAAAAAAAUGUAUAUUAGCUAUUUUGAUUUUAUGUACAAUGAUUUAUACUCUCCUUUUGAAAAGAUACCAUAAAGCACAUAAGCUAGAUCACUACAAGGAGCUGUUAUCUUUAAGUGUUUAAAACACUGAUGGUUUUUAAAGACUCAUCUUUUUAAAUGGUACUUGGAGCUCCUGAUUCAAAUUACCUAGACCCCCUAGAGAAAUAAAUGGAAUAUACAUAAAUAAUCAUUUUCAGUGGUUUAUGGUGGGCAAUAUUGCAAUAUUUGAAAUAGUAAAAAUGGAAAGAAGAACAAAAUAUGAUGAGAGGUGGCUGUGAAUUAUAAACCUCAUAAAAGUGUCAUAAUUCCAUUAAGGUUUAAUUAUAUUUUUUCAGAAAACAGUGAUGAAUUCUGUAGUCCAGUGCUUGCCAAUGCAAAUUGCCUAUUGGAAUCUUCUUCCUAUAUUUUACAAACAUCAGUGACUGAAAUAGCUCAGAGUAAGAGCUCAGCCUGGUUUGAAUUUAAUCAUCUCUUUAGAUCUUAUAAGGCCAGCAUUAGGAAACUUGUUCACUUUUCAUUUUCAAAGGAGCCUAGUUGAAGUGCUAUUAUGAGUGUGGGCUAUGGAAAGACAGCUUUUCCUACACUGAUAAAGAAAAAAAAUGAGGAAAUUAUUUCAUCCCCUGUGACAUCUGUGACUUUUUGGAUUUAAUAAUCUUGCUGUUUUUCCUCUUUAUGACAAAGAAUAUAAUUGGGAGGAUGAAGUGUCUUAAAAAUUGUAGAGACCAGCUCACUGGAAUGUUUUUCCAUCCCUGUAUUCAUGGCUUGACUUUGUGACUGCUCUACACUGCAUGUCUGACAUUGCAAAGUGAGCUAUGUUGAGGUAAACUGGUUGGUUGUCAUUAUUUUGCAAUCAGCCUGGUCUCUCCCAUGAAGAUGUCAUGUGCAUAAGCACAAUCAUCACUGAUUAGAAGAUCACAGCAGAAUACCCUUGGAUUAGAGAGAAGUUUGUACCUUGCAUUUCUCUGAAUUCUAGUCUCUCAUAAGCACUGCUUUGCCUGGUGAUUUUCACUGCUUUGUGUUAAUGACUUUGAGCGAUCUCUCACAUGAUGGGGUUCUUUAGUACAUGGUAACAGCCAUGUCAUCUUACACACCUAGCAUUGUGCAUGCUGUAGUGACAUCCUUUAUAGGCACCUUACAGCUCAAAACUUUUGUUUCAUUUCAUGCCUUACUUAUCAAAAAGGCAGGAAAGUAGGUAUGAUCUCUAAAGUAAAAAAAAAAAAAAACUUUUUAUAGAAAGCUCAUAAAUAAUCAUGUCAUUUUGCAAUUUUGUUACCAAAAUUUCCCCCAAGAGUUUUCAAAUAUUAGUUCUGCAAUGUGGCUAUGAAAUAUGCACUGAAAUAUACCUUUUAAUUUGAGAACCAGUGGUUAGAAUAAGCUGUGAUAUAAAGUAUUUUCAGUGUACUUUUAAAGGAACUAUAAGGCCCUCCAGCAUAAACGCUAAAAGAAUAGAUGGUAGCACAGGCCAUGAGGGCUGGGGGAGAGAAGCAGAGUGAACCUUAGAAAGAUGGCUCAGCUAUUUGGAGCACUGGAUAUUUUACUGAAGUAUAUUUACUGAGGCACCAUCACUGUUUUGACUGUACAGUAUAGUUUUUCAUAAAUUUCAUCACAUUUACUUUGUUCAGAAUCUGGGCUUGAAUCUUUGAGUUGGACAAAAGCCUAUGGUUUCUUUUAAAAAGUUUCAUCUUGAGCUAAUGCUACAGUUUAAAUAAAAUGUAUGAAAGGUAGUUAUCAAAAACAAUUUGUAUAUUUAAAAUUCUAUUUUGACAUCCAUUUUUUACAGCGAAUUAUAGCAGGUUAUGUGAAAUUUAAAAAUAAAUUUUAGGAAAUUUUUUUAUCUUGUAAGUAAGAAUUAUAAAUCUAUCUCAGUUAAAAGUAGGAUCUUUGUUUUUAUUCAGAUAUUUUGAAAGUUUAGAAGCAUUUUGUAUGCUACUUUGGUAUUUCUUAAGUAUAGUCAGCAGGAAAGGGUAACCUGUUUUAUGCAAAAUUUUUUUAAUUUGUCAAAUGUUUUUAGUGUGUCUACUUCCUGAAAUAGUCUCAAUAUCCUGUCUGUAUCCUAGGCAGAUAACUACACAAGAACAAAAUGCUAUAUAGAAAAGAAAAUAUUUGAGGAAAUCUUAAAUUCCAUAAGAAAGUAAUUCUUGCAAGAAUGUUGGCUACAUAUUGUUUUUUCUGUCCUGAAUAAAUUACAUCAUUAGGUCUGUUGAAGCUUUUGAAGCUACCACUAUUCUUUCUGGGAUAAAGGCUAAUUACUGAUUUAUCUGCCCUCAAAAUCCCAGAGUUAAUUCUAAUUGAGUACUAAAUUAACAGUAAGUAGUUAACACAGAGAACUAAAAUUUAACCGCAUUAUAUCACUGUAUAUAUUUCUCAUGAUUUUUGCUAAUUAGAGCAUUUACUUAACCAGUAAUAAACUACACACACACACACACACACACACACACACACACGUAUACGUGUGUGUGUAUAUACUUGGCUCUGACACAACUCUGGUGCUUAAUUAGGAUAUGUUCUAUUAUGUAUUUUGAAUGUUUAUCCUGCUAGUGCGAUGAACUUUUGUUAGAAAAGCAGAAUUAGAAGGAACAGUUUUUCAAUCAGUUUCAUUUGGUAAUUACAGGAAAACCUUGAGUUGCUCUAAUUUAAUUUUUCCAAUUAAUACAUUUAGACUUUAAAUUGCAUCCGUAAUUCUCUUGGCUGAAAAACAGUGGUAUUUUAAGACAGUUUUGUUAUACAUGUGACUUACUUUUGACUCAGCCUGAGAGGAGGAAAUGUAAAGAGGUAGGAGAUUUGGCCUAAAGCAGCAAGAGACUAGUAACCUUGAGCCAGGACGAAGCCAAGACAACGUGACUCCCAAGUAGCAGGAGCAGAGGUCGGUCACCUGUGGCAUUCUGUUUCAUUCCCUUUUAAAAUUAUGAGACUUUAUAGGCAGUGUAAAACAUCAGCAGGCAGUGAUGUGAUAGGAUGUGCAAAAAAGCUGGUCUGAUACCAUGGCUAUAAUUACAGAGCUUUAGUUCAAUUAGGAUUUUGUAAAUGAGCAAAUGACCUUUUUUUCCAGUGCCCCUUGUAAUAGUUAAUAUGAGUCCAUGCAAUCUUGUGAUGCCAUUCUCCUGAAGUUGUUGGUUUCUGGUACCCAGCCAGCUUAGCUUUGGCUGCUAGAAGCACAGUAGGUACUGAUGAUUACUUCCUGGAAAUCUUGACAGGCUUAUUGUACUGUGUAAUGGGGAAAAGUUAAAGUAUAAUGUUUGGUGUUAAUAAAUGACUGAUGUGAAAAUAGGAACAUGUGUCUUUAAUAUCAAAUAUGGCUUUAUUUGCAGUGAAAUCUAAAUUCCUUAUUCUACAGUAGUAUUUUCUUGCCCUGUGUUGUAUAUUUUCCUAAAUACAUUUUUCCUGACAGUGGCUUUAGGCCAGUUGAACACACUUAGACUGAAAGUGUUUAACUUAAAGAGAUCAGUCCAGAAACCAUGAUAAAUUAGAAUCUUUAUCUGGAAUUACCAAAUUAAAAUUUAAAAUCAUGGUCCAGAAGAGAACAAACAUUCAUGGUUUUUUUUUAUCCUACUGCUCAUUUUUAGGUCUGUGUUUACAUCUAGUCUCUACUAUUUGUGAAGUAUGUCAUUAUUUUUUUCAAGUUCUUCUUUGACUUAACUGAAAAAUAAUAUUCCAAAUUCUUAAUGUAACAUGAAAAGAGAAAUACAAUUUUUGCUUAAAAGACAUUGUUUAAAAAGCGUUCAAUUCAGUAAUCAUUUCUGUUAAUACAGGAAGUUUUUUUGGCUUGCCAGUUAUAUACUGUGGGUAUUUUUUAAAAUGUGCUACCCUUAGGUUGUCUCAUAUCACCUUGCGUGAUCAUGUAUUACAAAGGUUGAUAAUUGUCAUUUCUCAGAUGUCUGUAUGUUACAUUGGCAGCAGUAAAAUGUUUUAAUGUUGUUACCUUUUAAA